CAGCUGGAAGCCAAUCUAAGUUGAUCUGUGAAGUUUGCGCAGCAUGGUGUUUAAAUGUAACGUCUUGGUAACGCCAUAGCAAGGAUGAUAAAACUAUAUAAACUAUCAGUUUACCAUCCUUGACGCCAUAGUGGGUAUUGACACAAUGGCCGACGCAUUCCCAAUUUACAUACACGUUAAUUGCCCGGGUGAUGAUCACGACCUUGCCGAUAUGGCAGUGAGGCAAGCCGCGGCCGCUAAAUUAUUCAUAAGCCAGUGCCCGGAAGGGGCGUGGGUCGAUGAAGUGAUCCCCAUCAGAAAGCGCGGCAAACUGAAAUGUGCUUGGCAAGUCCGCUAUAGACGCGAUAUGAACCAAAUUCAUCAAAUAGAUGGCGAGCAGCUGGCAAGAAAUAUAAUGAAUGGCCACCCGAAUAAUACAGAUAUCGUGGAGAAAACUAGAGUUAUGUACCCCCCAUUCAUAGAAUUAGUAUAUUCCAUCCGAUGCGCUUGCAAAGUAUCCCAAACAGCAAGUAGGUCAAUUAAAAGAUGUGAUUCUGUUGUUAAUUUGAAGGUGGAAGAAAAUUUAGCUAAUUUAAAGUUGGAGGAGGAUCUCCAAGAGUAAGGUUUUCAUGAUCAAUUUGCCAACUGUUGAUAAGAAUGUUAUUAUAUGAAUUUCGAUGUUAUACCUAUCAACUAUUACAUUCUAGCUGUCAGUUGGUAAACAGGGUUUUAAAUUUGAUUAUGAAAUGGGCAGAAUUGUUAUUAUUUUUUUUAAUGUAUAGUGGGACGUUACCUAGGGCUAGGUACCUAAUACAAGUGUUUAAGGAUGAAUUUUGUUUCAGGAAACUUUUGGAUGUAAAGAGACUCUUUUGAAGUAAUAAAGACAAAUAUUUGUUGAAAUA